UCGCUGUGGCAGUGUUUUGUACAUUUAUGGGUACCGUUGCAUGCAUCCUAAGGUGCGGCGGAUGUCGGCGGUUUGUAUGCGCAUCAAUCAGUCCUGUGCGGAGUGCGGUGCACGUGCGCGCGCGCCAGCGCGUGUCAGAUUUAGUCAGCGUGGAUGUGACAGUCUGCCGGGGGAGUAACAUGUCCGUGGCGGCAGUACGAGUGGGUUUAACGCUAGUCAGGGGGGACAGCGCCAGGUACAGGGUGGGAAAAUAAGAAAUAGGGAGGGAGUAAUUGGGAGAGGAUGAGAGAGAGAAAGGAUGGGAGGGAGGAUGCUGCUCCCGUCGCCGCUGCCAGCGGAAAAUGGCUGCUACAUCCUCAAGUCUGUCCUGACACACCGAAAGGACAUAAAGAUGGAGAGAGCGAACAUAAAAAAUUGACAGUCAGAUAGUGGCAACAGAGAAGGGACGGGCUGCGUAUGUGUGUGUGUGAAUGUGUGUGUGAACAUGUCUGUCCUGGGAGCGAGGGAGUGAAUAAAAGGACCGGAGACCGGAGGGCAGCGAGCUCGAGGCGGCGGGCGACACCAAGCUAUGGAGCGCGAUGUGGUGCGUGUUCGUGCAGUGGUGAUGACUCGUGAUGACUCCAGUGGCGGUUGGGUGCCCCUGGGGGGCGGUGGGCUCAGUCACGUGGUCAUCUGUAAGGGACAGAGCCAGGACGCCAAGGGCCACGCCAAAUACUUCGUCCGUGGAGAAAGGCUGCGGGACCGAGCGCCAGUGUUGGAUUGUGCGGUGCAGAGGGGGCUGGUGUACAACAAAGUGAACCCGAUUUUCCAUCACUGGCGUGUGGAGGAGAGGAAGUUUGGCCUGACAUUUCAGAGCCCCGCUGAUGCCGUCUCCUUCGAGAGUGGACUCCGCAGUGUCAUUGACUGGAUGGACAGAGGGACGACCUCUCCUGUCCUUCGCGCCCCAGAGCAGGGAGUCCCUGACGAUGAGCCCAAGCCUUCUCGUACGGACAGCGAAUCGUCCUUCAACAGCAGGAAAGAAACCUUACCCAAACCCAUCACCAUAGUGACCAGCGAGUCCUCCUCCACUUUCUUUGUGCACCCUCCAGUUUCAGAGGAUUUGAGCUACGGGAUGAAGCACACUGUCACCGCUCAGACCCCAGCCAUGGUUCACAUUAUGCCGCUGCAGCACCAGCCCUCAACAACCGAUGCUUCAAGAAACCCAGCAGCGACGCAGCCGGCCACGCCCUCCCCACUGACUCCGGCCACGCCCUCCCCACUGACGCUGGCCACGCCCUCCCCACUGACUCCGGCCACGCCCUCCCCCCUGACGCUGGCCACGCCCUCCCCACUGACGCCGACCACACUGCCAGUCACCUCAUCGCCUCUCUCAGCCCCUCCCCUUCCUCUUUUAGACCACGGCGACCUAAAGGAUCUGUGGGGCGUGCGUGGGUAUGAGGAUUACAGACGGGCGGAGAUGAGAAGGACUGCGGGUGAAGGAGGCCUGUCGGACAAGUCGGAGCUGUGUGCAGUGCAUUUUGAGAAGGAUCUGGCCAGGGUAGGGGUCGGGGGGGCAGAGGUGGCUGUAAUGCUGGACAGCAAAUUGCCGCAGCGGCUCUCGGCUGGAUCGCCCACCUGCAUAUCUGCACCCAAUGCCGUGACAAGCCCUGGGGGGGGUGCAGGGUGCCCACCGUGUGCCGGACUGGGCUCCCCAUUGCCAUGCUGCAUUCACACGUCCAUUGCCAAGCCUCGGUCACGCAGCUGGAAGAGAGGGGGCGGGGCAAGAGGAGGGGCCUGCACUAACGACUGCGGCCUCAGCCUGGGACUUUUUGGCCUGUCUUCCGCAGAUGGCACCACCCGGCCCGCAGAUGGCACCACCCGGCCCGCAGAUGGCACCACCCGGCCCGCGGAUGACACUGCCCGCCCGCCCACCGCAUCGUCAUCCCCCACCUCCCGCUGCAUCUAUUGCCGUUCCGUCUUCAGCGCCUCAGACAAUGGGCGCGGCCGCUGCCAGGAUGCCCCUGACCCAGCCCUGCACUGCCUGCGCCAGUGGACCUGCGUGUGGUGCGCCGAGAGCCUGCUCUACCAUUGUACCUCGGACCCGGAGGGCGAGUUCUGGGAGCCGUGCUCGUGCGAGGAGCUGCCGGGCGAGUGGCCACACGCGGCGUGCUGUGUGCGUUGGGUGGUGCUGCUGGCGCUGUCGCUUCUCGUGCCCUGCAUGUGCUGCUAUCUGCCCCUGUGUGCCUGCCUGCGCUGCGGCGAGCAGUGCGGCUGCUGUGGCGGGAAGCACAAGGCGGUGCGGUGAUCCUGGGGGAGGGGAGGAGAGGGUGUGGAGCUGGUGGGCGAAGGGCACGAUCCCCUCCCUGAAACCUGUCACCCCCUCGGUGCACCGUGGCUUCAGCAAGCUGCCGUGCACCUUCUCAUAUAGC